AUGGCAAUGGUGAUGAUCCAGACCAAUGAAUCUUAUGAUUCACGUGUUGGAGCAUUCAGGCGCAAGUUGGAAAAAAUCAUUCUUGACAAGCACGAGGACACCAAGAGCAAAAUGGGCUGGUGGAACGUCACCAUCAAGCUCAAGUCAAAGUCAAAGCAAGACAGGCUCGCUACCGUUGUCGGACUGCUUGUCUUCACCCAGUUCUGGUACUGGUACCCACUCACCUACUUCAUCAGCCUUGCCUUCUCCCUGGCAGCUCUCAUCGGACUUAGCUCCGAUCUGAAAGUGCCGAAGUUUGAGUUCCUGUCGAACGCCAAGCCAUCGCUGUUCGAUUAUCCCAAGCCGACAACUCAGCGGACUGCAACUGCAUCAGUCAAGGUGCCAACGGCUAUCUUGUCAAUGUAUGCCAAAGCAAAGUCUAGGGCGAAGAAGGAUGCAGAGAGCAAGGCAAAGGAGAAGGCAGAGGUGAUGCCACCAAGCGAGGACGCUUCUGCUGCUUCUACUUCCAUGCAGGUCACGGGGGCAGAGAUAGGAUUCGUUCUCGUCUCGUCUAUGCAUGCGACUCCGUGA